AUGGCUAUUGUACUUGGCGUUUCGAAUACAGUGUUAAGUCCCAAUACUACUAUUGUCAUCUUCGUAAUCAGUUUGGCAAUCUUCCUGUCUGCGUUCUUGAUUGGUUCAGCUAUUAGUACAGGUUCAUUGGAUAAAGCAAGAGAUAUCUUGUUAUCAUUUGGUGUCAUAUGGGCUGUUAUUGUGAUCAUUAUGAUCAUACUAGACGCUGUGGGAGUAAAG